AUCGCAAGUAAUCAGUCUUGCAUGAGAACUUAACUUAAAGUGUACAUAGACCGAUCUGUCAGUACUACAUCUUUCACGUCGCUCGUACGAAUUUCGUUAAAUAAUUUUUACCAAAAAAACUCGACGUUAUAUCUAUCGUAAUCGCGGUUUGUUUUCCGUCACGUUAUAAUAAAUAGUUAUACCGUUGAUGGAGAUCGUUUUCUACUAUGUGGGCCAUUUUCAUGAACCUCCCUAAUGAAAACUAAUCGCGUUGGGCUAGCGAGAUUUUCCACGGCCGUUUAUACCAUAACUGCAUGCGCCUGACAAUCCUACGUGUAUCGCGAGGUCACACGUUACUUUUUUCCAUAAGGGUAAUGCGGGAUACUGUUGUUUCUUGCCGAGAAAUGUUAAUAAUCCUUCAUGAUUUAAGAUAAGUGUCGAUGCAUUUUGUAUGAGACGUCAGGAAUUCCAAAUAUCGUCCACCCCUCUCCCCCCUAUCAAUUGCGGAGAAACUUCGCAGUCCAAAGAAGCAGAAUUUAAACUAAUUAGAAAUUCAGAUAUUUGUCAGAAUCAAUAUUCAUAAUAGAUUGGAAAGUAGAGUGGAAAUGGAGAGUUCCGAAGAGCCAACCAGUUUGCAAUCAAUUUGUCACCUGCAUGCAUCAGAGUUAUUUCCAAAACAUCCACAUUUCGAAUGUGAAGAUCAAACAUUGACUAUACCGUUCACUCUUUUAAGUGGAGAAUCAGUGGUAGCAUUGGGACGCAUAUCAGAUGGUGUUUUGGCUCUUUCUAAUUAUAGACUCUACUUACAACAGAGUCAAGCCUGUUACAAUAUACCAUUGGGCCUUAUUGAACAAUUAGAAGUAAAAGAAAUAUUCUUUUUGCAUAUUGGGUGCAAAGAUGCACGGUCAUUGAGCUGUUCAUUUUCCACUAACGAGCAUUGUCUGGAAUGGUUCAAACGAUUACAUAAAGUAACAUACCCACGUAAAAGUAUCGAAGACAUAUUUUCUUUUGCGUAUUAUGCAUGGUCUAUAGAGGAGGGUAAAGACUAUCCUAGGCUUGGGAAAGAUAAUAGUUCUUAUAUCUCUACUUUUAAUUCAGAGGUGGAACGAUUGAAAUUUAAUCUUCAUGGUACAUGGCGUAUAAGUCCGAUAAACAAGGAUUAUAGAAUGUGCCCAUCUUACCCACCACAACUUUUGGUUCCUGCUUGCAUUUCUGAUGAAAUUUUGGAAAUUGUUGCUAAAUUCAGAAGUUCCAGACGAAUUCCUGCAGUUGUGUGGAGGCAUGUAAACAAUGGAGCGGUAAUAGCUCGUAGCAGUCAACCAGAAGUUGGCUGGUUAGGUUGGAGAAGUUCCGAAGAUGAGGAUCUUUUAAAAGCUUUGUCUGAUGCAUGUUCCUACGAUAAAGGAGAAUCUACAAUGGUUGAUUCACCUAUUAACUAUUCUGAUGUUGGAGAUGAUGCGAUAACUCCAAGUGUUACAAAAAAAGUUCUAAUUGUGGAUGCAAGAUCCUACACGACAGCUGUAGCAAAUAGAGCACGAGGCGGUGGUUGUGAAUGUCCUGAGUAUUAUCCGAGUUGUGAUAUUCAGUUCAUGAAUCUGGCAAAUAUACAUUCUAUAAGGAAAAGUUUUCAUGCAGUCAGACAAUUAUGUGCAUCUGAUGCUGAUCAACCAAAUUGGUUGAGCUUAUUGGAAGGUACUAGAUGGUUACAACAUAUGUCAGGUUUAUUGCGUGCUGCAGUUACGGUUGCAUCUGCUAUAGAACGAGAUGGACGACCAGUAUUAGUACAUUGUAGUGAUGGUUGGGAUAGGACACCUCAGAUUGUUGCCUUAGCACAGAUAUUAUUAGAUCCCUAUUACCGUACUAUAGAGGGAUUUCAAAUAUUAUGUGAGAGAGAAUGGUUAGACUUUGGACAUAAAUUCGCUGAUCGCUGUGGACAAACAGUCGGUUGCGAUGACCCAAAUGAACGUUGCCCAGUAUUUUUACAAUGGCUUGAUUGUGUACAUCAGUUAAUUCAACAAUUUCAAUGUAGUUUUCAAAUGUCUCCUGCAUAUCUUGUAAAAUUAGCACAGCAUACAUAUUCACAACUCUUUGGUACAUUUUUAUGUAACACAAGACAGGAGAGAUUACAGUUAAGAAUACAAGAACGUACUUUUUCAGUAUGGCGAUUUCUUAACUCUUCUUUGUUCGUUAAUCAUUUGUACUCACCUUUAAAAAAUCAAGUAUUAUGGCCAAGUUGUAAUGUACGAGAUCUUGUUUUGUGGUCAGAAGUAUAUUUAGGUUCUAUGGAAUCCUCACUUGGUAUUAGGGAUGAUAAACAAAGAGUUACAAUGAUAGAUAUAGAAGGAGGUGAAAGUGAAGAACCACAAGGACAAAUGACUAAAACACGUUCUUACGGGGAUCUUAUACAUACCCCCGAUCAUGCAGCCUACCUUCACCGCAGACUUAGCGAUCCGAGUAUUUCUGUGGAAAAAAAAUUUGAUUCUUUAAAUUUGGAAGUUGAGGCUGAAAAAAUAGUAAAUAGCAUAGAUGAUAGCAAAUUUGAAACUUUAGAAGCAGAUCCAUCAGAGACUGAUAUUAAGACCAAACAGUAUACUACAGUGCAAACAUCGAGCGAAUCACCUGCUAAUCCAUCAGUGGAUAGUUCUACAGAUACAUUAAUACCUAAUAACGAUUCACUUGUUAGUGUUCUCAAUGGAGAGAAAGAAGCAUUGCAAACAAAUUUAGGACAAGAUAGUAUUUCACCGUGGAUUGAAACUGGUACAGCGGGACGAGGUACUUGUUCCUGUAAUCGUAAUCACAAUGAAGGUAGUGAUGUCAGUGAUACGAGUGCUCCAUUGAUAUCAAGAACACCAAGUAGCAUAUGUCCAGCUUCUCCAACUCAUCAGGAUGCUAUAUUAGAUAAUCCUGAUAGACUGGAUGAUGUCGAUGGUCUUCCUGUCAUUCAUUGUGAUAUUCAGUUACGAGUACAACAGAUUAUCGUCGAGCACAAGCUAAAGGAAGAAGCAUUACGAAAGGAAUUACAUACAACAAGGCUAGCAUUAAUUAAGCAAGUGUGCAACCACAAUGCAGAUACCGAUCGUAUUGAUGAUAUUGGUUCAUUGCCAGAUUCGGUAGGCAGUGCUGGAGAACACGGAGAAUCCUUACCAUCGGAUAUGUCUUGGGAGGCCGUCGAGGAUUUGGUACCAGCUCCAACUCUUUGGGUUCCAGAUCAUGCAGUAAAUCGUUGCAUGGGAUGCAACACAGAAUUUUGGCUUGGUAGACGUAAACAUCAUUGCAGAUGCUGCGGCAAGAUAUUCUGUGCGGAUUGUUCGGAAAAUUCAACGCCGUUACCCAGUGAACAACUUUAUAAUCCUGUAAGAGUUUGUAAAGAUUGCUUUUCCCGACUUCAUCAUCAUACAAGUCCUUGCCAGUGCAGUGCUCGACAUCAGAAUAAAGUAGAUCACGAAACGGAUUUAUCAUCUAACUCAGAAACGUUGGUGACUUACCAAAGGGCAAAACCUAUUUCUAUGACAAAAGAUACCUGCUGCGACAACUUAAUGCAGGCUGCUCAUCAAAAAUCACAACCGUCUAUUACAGCAGGUACGGUAAAUUGAGCGUUUAGUUUGAUAUCGCGACUGGAAAAUGCAGUUUGGGUUUCUCAAUUUCAAUAAUGCCGAGCAUUAUCUGUUUCCGAUGGGUAAUCACAUUACUACCGGAUUUAUACAUAAUUUGUAUCGUAUACAUAAAUGAGAUACGCGUUGCUGACGCGUUAGGAUUCUUUAAGUGAUCUAAUAUUUAUUGCUAGAAUAAUAAUUUGUACGAAAAGUGUAUAGCAGUAAAAAAAACAGAGAGUCAGUAUACGAAGCUGUAUAUACCUUAUUAUGAGUAACUCGAUAUACAAUUUUUGGCUUCUUUCAAUGAAAUUCUUCGAGUUUUCCGUUUUUAGGUAUAUCAAUACGGUAGUAGAGCAAGAGAGUGGGGGGAAGAGAGAGAGAAAGAAAGAGAGUGAGUGAAGGUGAGGCAUGUUUUGGACAGGCUGUGACUGAUGUCUAAUUUUAGGCAAUAGGCGGGAUAUACUGCUAAUUAAUAAUCUCUUUAUUGUGUAAUUAAUUAGCAGUCGGGUAAAGUUACGACGAAAUUGUAUUUGUAUAUUGUCGCCGUGUAUGAGAAUUGGAAUAUUAAAUGUCAUCGUGGUAUCUCAUCGCAUUUGUAUAGUGCCAACACUUUUUUUUUUAGAUGUAUCCUUCUUCAUUUUCAUCUUAAGAUGAUGCGAAGAGAAUUUGGAAAAUAUUAAAUAUCGGUUAAUCUAUAUAAUAUACAUUUAUACAGAGUGCAUAUAUAUAUAUAUAUUUAUCGGGCAAUAGAUCCACUGUAAUUAGCGAUUUUCGAACACAACAUUUUUACAUGAACGUAAACGUAUUAUAUUACACGGGGACAUUCCAAACAUAUAUUUCAUCCAUCAUUACAUUUAUUAUUAUUAUAACAGGUGGGUAAAACGGCAGAUAAAUAGUUCUACAAAACAACGGACGAGGCGG